AUGCUCGAGUUUUCCAAUCUCGGUCUUGUGUGUCCAAUUAACGCCGAAGAAAUCAGCAACCGCUGGCUCAAUGCGUACAUUCCCAUCCCCGGCCAAAGCGUCAAAAACUACCCGCCUACGGUAUCCGCGUUCAUCUAUCGCAUCUUAAAGUCUUACACCGGGAUGGCCAUACACGGCCGCGGAUUCCCGCCAUUUGUACACGGCUCUCAGUUGACGGGGCUAAGCCAACCACUCACCACUUGUCUGAGCAUCAUACGGAUAUGCGAUAGACCAUUGCUAGGCAGUGAAAACGUGAUGGCAGAGAUUCUGCAAAGAGAGAUGAAUAGUCUAUAUGAGCAGCGUGAGACUUUCGAUGACCUUUCGCUUCUCAGCGCAUUUCAGGCUUUUCUCAUGUACACAAUGGUCUUAUUCUUCAAGCUCAGCCAAGGCACCAGUCCAUUUCUUCGUCAGGCCAUGAUGAAUCUACAAGAGCUGGCAUGCGUGACAUCUCGCCGUGGCCUCAUGUGCUUAUCCGAGCAGCAGCGCACACGCCCCAAAUGGGAAAGUUGGAUUAUAGCCGAGGCUAAACGGCGAACGCUCUAUACCAUGUAUCUCUUUGAUAGCGUUCUUUCAUCUGAAGACGGGCUGCCGACGUUUCUCGGCACCGAGUUGGAGGGAUUACCAGCUGCGGCCAGCAGAGACCUUUGGGUUGCUCCGACAAGGCGGGACUGGGAAGCGGCUUAUAAUGUGCAUUUAGCAGAGUGGGUUGAGGGUAGUCUCUGCAUUGAUGAGUUGUGGCCUAUACCCGAGGGACUGAGUGAGUCUCUCAUUGCGAAAAGGCGGCAUAGAGUGGACAACUGGUUGGAGAAUUUGGAUGAGUUUGGGAUUAUGCUCUACACAGUGACUAGCUGUACGCAUGGGGGAUAA